AUUAACGGCCUAUGAAUGUUAAAUUCAAUUUUAAGCGUUAUUAAUUAAAUAUAAAAAUGAAUGCUUUAAAUGAAAUGAGUGAUGAAGAGUUUGUGCCAUUCUUGCAUAGUUUAGGCGUUGAUACUUAUAAAAAGUCGUUUGAAUGGAUGUUGAACGAUCGGGAUUUUGCGGGAGUUUUACGUUGGCUUCACAAUAAUUUGGACCAUAAUAAUGCUUUGAGUGCCCGUGAAGAAUGUCGGUACAUAGAACUAGAAAAGAAAGGUCUUCUCCUUUCUGCAGAGGAUCUAGAAUCUUCUAUAUCUGCCAUACAAGAGCAGUAUGAAGGUAUUUGCUUACCGGGAGAUAAGGAUAGAAAAGAAGAUGUGGAAUUAGACAUCAAAAUGUUACAAGAGAGGCUGCAUAUGUUGCAGAAACAGGAAUCUAUACUCAAUGACUUGAAGAGACAGAACGGGCUAACAAAAGAAGAACUGACGUUAGAAGUAUCAAAGCUGAACUCCUCAUACCACCAAUGGAAGGAUGAUGAGAGUGCUGCAGCCGAGGAGUGCCUGUCCCUCGCUCAGGAGGUGGAGUCCAUCACCAGUGGUGUGAUAGAUGUGAUUGCGGACACCCUGGAUGUGUAUAGCAGUUGUCAUUGUGAUAAGGAGAAUGCAAGAAAAUUCUUCACCUUCGGUCCUUUUGAGACUUACAGGCAGUCUCAGGCAUUAUUCCGCUCUCAUUUUGAUCUGUACACCAAUAAGAAGUUUGUUAAGAAAGCGAAUGAGAUCUCUUCUGAUGAGGAACUCAGGUCUGCUUUGGCUGAGGCUAAGAGCAUGGAAGACAGGUUGACAGAUGCAAUGUGCUCCUACAUUGAAUCCAAAGCUGAACUAUCUGGAGAGCAAGCUAAAGUCGCAUUAGUGGCGAACUAUAAGGACGUACAUCCUAGUCAAAUAACAUCCUGUCUAAUGGAAGCUCAAAGUGCAGUGGAGCUACUAGAACAGGAAGAGUCCAUCCUGUACCAACAGCUCCACAACGCAGUCAAACAGUUCGUACAGUCGCGCACCGCGCUCGCCGUCGAGACUACUGCGUGCUGCGCCUUAGCUGUGAGGCAACAAAUCCACGCCGACUUAACCCACCUCCUGGACACGACCCGGUGCGCCGCGCGCCUCGACCGCGUGGUGUACAGCGCGCUGCGCCGCGAGCUGCGCGCCGUCGAGGACACCCUGCACCUCGCCGCCACACUCAUGCACCACGUCGGGGCUGAUAGCAGCGCUGUUGCGAGCCGGAUUAAUUCAAUGAACGAGAUAUGUUCAGAACAAGAAUCCUGCGAGCUCAGGCUUCAGUCUUCAGAUAUAUUACUGCAAGCAUUGCUGCACAUUGUCGGCGCGCAGUCGGGUGACGCCGGGGUACUAGUGAAGCUGUACAAUGAGAUGCUGCAACAGGUCAAAGAGUUGAAGGAUAAUGUCGAAGAUGGGUACAGAAAGAAAGAGAAAGCGGCGGUGGCUGUCAACGAAUCGACCGCAUGUCUCCAUGCUGCAGUAUGGUCGGGCCGCACCCGCCAGCCGGGCGGCGCGGCCCGCGGCCUCAGUACCCUGGCGCACGCACUGAGACACGACAUGGAACUAGUCGACAGGAGAGUGCUGGAUGCUAGCAAUAUGUUUACUAGUGUUAAGAACGGUGACAAGCAGAAUCUUCGGAAACUAUGGCAGUGGUUCUUAACUGACCCAGCAAGACUACUACACGCCUUGAAGAACGCCAAUACCAAGAUUUAGUAAAUGAUGAAAAUAUCCAAGUAAAUGUUUUUAACUUAUUCUUUUUCAUAUUACAUUACACCCAUGUAUA